CGGGCAGGGGCCCCCGCCGCGCCCAUCCCGAUGGCUGGAGGUGUCUGAGGGGAGGACGGAGGCGGCGGCGGGAGCGAGCGGACGGACGGGCGGACGUUGGGAGCGACGAGCCGCCGCGGCGGGAUCCGGGAGCUCACCCGCCCCCCACCUCCGCCCCUCAGGGACCCCGGCGGGGGCGCCGGAACGAGGAAGGCAGGCGGGCGACGGCGCUACCCCGGGGCGGCUGAGGUAGGGGUGGAGGCGGCGGCGGCGGCGGCGGCGGCGGCGGCAUCGGCCCCGUUGAUGAGCAGGCGGGAGCCGGCGAGGUAGAGCGCUGAGGCAAGUUUACAUGUGUGGCAGACCAGGACAGGAACGUAUCUGAAUUAAGAAGGAUCUCAUACAAGGAAGAACCAGAAUUCCUUGGAAAAACCAGAAUUCCUUUAACCCACAGAAGAAAGAACUGAAGGGAGACUUAGUGCUUUGACUCAGCUGUGAUCUGUGACAGUCUCGGCGGUGGCCCCGGAACUCCUCAGCACCAGAAAAUGAGUGAACUUGACCAGUUACGGCAGGAGGCCGAGCAGCUUAAAAACCAAAUUAGAGAUGCUAGAAAAGCCUGUGCAGAUGCAACGCUGGCCCAGAUCACGGCCAACAUUGAUCCAGUGGGCCGAAUCCAGAUGCGCACCAGAAGAACGCUGAGGGGGCACUUGGCUAAAAUUUAUGCAAUGCACUGGGGCACUGAUUCCAGACUCCUAGUGAGUGCCUCCCAGGAUGGGAAACUGAUCAUCUGGGACAGCUACACCACAAACAAGGUCCAUGCCAUUCCGCUGCGCUCAUCUUGGGUCAUGACCUGUGCAUAUGCCCCCUCUGGGAACUACGUGGCCUGCGGCGGCCUGGAUAACAUCUGCUCCAUUUACAACCUGAAAACCCGUGAAGGGAAUGUGCGUGUGAGUCGCGAGCUGGCUGGGCACACAGGUUACUUGUCGUGCUGCCGCUUCCUGGAUGACAAUCAAAUUGUCACCAGCUCUGGAGAUACCACCUGUGCUCUGUGGGACAUUGAAACUGGCCAGCAGACAACUACCUUCACCGGACACACUGGGGACGUCAUGAGCCUUUCUCUGGCUCCUGACACCAGAUUAUUCGUCUCCGGGGCCUGUGAUGCCUCUGCUAAACUGUGGGAUGUGCGAGAAGGAAUGUGUCGGCAAACUUUCACCGGUCACGAGUCGGACAUCAACGCCAUCUGUUUCUUUCCAAAUGGCAAUGCUUUUGCCACAGGCUCAGAUGAUGCUACUUGCAGGCUCUUUGACCUCCGGGCCGAUCAAGAGCUCAUGGUUUACUCUCACGAUAACAUCAUCUGUGGCAUCACCUCUAUAUCGUUCUCCAAGAGCGGGCGCCUCCUCCUCGCUGGAUACGAUGACUUCAACUGCAAUGUCUGGGACGCCCUCAAAGCUGAUAGAGCAGGUGUUCUCGCCGGGCACGACAACCGUGUCAGUUGCUUGGGUGUGACUGACGAUGGCAUGGCCGUGGCGACAGGAUCCUGGGAUAGCUUCCUGAAGAUUUGGAACUAAAGCUUCUAGAUAGCAGAUGGAUCCCACCGGGACUGGAAGACCAUUCCAACCUUGGAAGAUUUAAAAUGAUAGCCUAUCCAAUCCAACCAUACUAACGCGGACACCCCUCCACUUCCCCCUCCCAACUUCAAAGGGGCGAGACCAUCUUCCCCCUCGCCUCUUGCUGAAACAAAGAGCACAAUUACCUUUAGAAGGAGAAUCUCCGUAGUUGUAAACAGAAAUCAAAUUGUGCAUUCCUUCUGGGACCAUUGUUUUUGGUUUGGGUUUUUUUUUCCUUUUUUUGAUCUUGAGAGAACUCUCAAAGGAAAUAAUGUUGUUUAAAAUGUUAACCAGAAAGCAAACUUGGAGUGUAAUUGUGAAACACAUGCAGCGAAUGUUCACUGUAGUUUUAUCUCGAUUUUAGGCCGGGGAUCCCAUUCCGUCAAGGUCAAAAUAAGUGGCAGACUUUGGUUUUUCUCACGACGGUUUCCGAUUUUAAAAUCGUGUCUGUAGCAGGGUCUUAAAAACAUGCGUAUCUCCUUUUUUAAAUGCAUUUCUUCAAGCUUAGAAAUUAAACAGAACAGAGAGUCCAACCCAGCCUCCCUGGGAUUGUUAAUGAUGUAAAUUUAGUCCCUGAUUUUUUUAUUAUUUUUUGUCUAGUGUCACAGAUAAUUGUUGCACAAGAACAUGGCAUAUAGAGAAUAAUGUUAAGUGAGGUAACCAAGCACAUGCUGUUAAUGGUAUUGAAUGCUUGUCUAAAGAACCCCUUCACCUUUUUGUGAGUAGCUAAUUCAAAUCAAUCUUCCCCUCCCCCCACCUCUUCCCCCUCUCCUUCCGUCCUCUCCCCCACCGAUUCAGUUUUUAUCUACUCUGGGUUUCUUUGUGCAGUUGGAGGGCAGUUUAUAAAUGCAAACACUACCCAAUACCCCCAACUAUCAGGAACCUCUGUUUUCGAGAGAGAUGCCUGCCCUGUGCUUGGAUAUUCAGUCAAUUAUUUGUGUAUGAAAUGAUGUACAAAUCAAUGUUUUGAAAAUAAUGAUCUUGAACUUUCUAAGUUAAAACAAACAAAAAAUUUUUUUGAUUGUUUGCCAUAUCAGGUGGGUUUAACUCUUAGAAUCGCAUGCUGUAGAAAUGCUAAAAAGUGCACACAGGACUAAGUCCUUAGAUGUUUUUUUUCUUCUGUUAAGAAAUAACCUGUUUAAAAUUGUAACCAUUGCCGCUGUAAUCACUUAUUGUUGCUACUCUGUGCAUAAAUACAUGAAGAAUUUCAAUAAGGAGCUAUGCACGUGUUGGAGUAGCGUGAUAAGUCCCUCUCUUUUUUAAUUUUCUUUUUGAAAACGAAACGGCCUGUUCAAACGGUCAUUGUAGAAGAUCAUCUGGGAGGCCAACAGUGGGGAGGGGGACGGCAAUCCAGACCACCCUCCUUGAUAAACUAGCUGUUGGCUGCCAGUUUCUCUUGCAGAACUAUGAGAGCCUUUUUGUAAUGAGCAGGCUUUCCUGGCUCUCUCUGCCAAUAAAAUGGUGAGCAACAGCGUUUGGACAGCGGAAUGUUCUGCCCGUUCUCUUCCACCUUCUCCCUGGGUCCAGAAAUACCCCUCCUCCUCCUCCCUCCUCCUCCACAACCCUCCUCCCUCCUCCUGCACCUCCUCCUUCUUCUCGUCCUUCUCCUCCUCCAGAGCAGUAGUGGCUUCUCUCCAUUCUGUUUUUUCUGCAACACUGUACAAAAAAUGUGCUGUAAUUGUGCGUUAGGCCUGGACUUGGCAGGAAAAAAAGAAAAAAAAAAGAACCUCCCCUUCCCCCCUUUCUCUUUCCAUGAAAUAACUCUGUAGAGCUCCCUGCAUCCCUUUUCACCUUUUGUAUUUAAUUUUAAAGUCAGUGUACUUCAAGGAAGCUGGAUGCAAGAUAGAUACUAUAUUAAAAUGUACUGUUAUUUAAGAUGUAAUAAAGCAGUUUGACAUGA